AUGACCGGACUCAAGGGCGAGCAAGAUCAAGAACGAAGGAGAAUUUGUGUGUGUGCGCACAUGUGUGUGAGAGAGAAAACGAGGGAGAGAGAGGGAGGGGGAGGGAAAGAAAGAGAAAGAGAGAGAGAGAGAGAGAGAGAGAGAGAGAGAGAGAGAGAGAGAGAGAGAGAGAGAGAGAGAGAGAGAGAGAGAGAGAGAGAGAGAGAGAGAGAGAGAGAGAGAGAGAGAGGCCCUAGGAGCAAUCUAGUUCACUCUCCAAAACCGGCGGCUCGUUCGAGAGAGAGCGAGAGAGAGAGAGAGAGAGAGAGAGAGAGAGAGAGAGAGAGAGAGAGAGAGAGAGAGAGAGAGAGAGAGAGAGAGAGAGAGAGAGAGAGAGAGGGAUGGCUUGGGGCUAGUCCUUAG